AUGUCGACUUUAACUCGCCUUACUUACAGGAGAAAUCCUCUAUUAUCGAGAGGGUUGCCAAAAUUCUCUAGAUUUAAUAGCUCUACUGCAAGCACUGCCACUCCUCUCAGAAAUACGAAAUACCCAGAACUCUGCGAAGAUGAACUUAACGAAGAUGGUAGUCCAAACUAUAUUAAACUUAUCUUAACUUCAAGAGUAUACGAUGUAGUAGAUAGAGCAGGUACUCCUCUUAACUACGCAGUAAAUUUAUCGCAUAAGUGUAAUACAAAUAUUCAUUUAAAACGUGAAGAUUUGUUGCCGGUGUUUUCCUUCAAAUUGCGUGGAGCUUACAAUAUGGUUUCAAACUUGCACACCAAGUCCAAGACCCCGCUUGAAGGUGUUAUUGCUUGCUCAGCUGGUAACCAUGCUCAAGGUGUUGCCUACAGUGCUAAUAAGUUGAAAAUCCCCUCUACUAUUGUUAUGCCAACUGCCACUCCCUCAAUCAAAUAUUCAAAUGUUUCUAGGUUGGGAUCCCAAGUGGUUUUGUAUGGGGACGAUUUUGAUUCCGCUAAGCAAGAAUGUGAUAGGUUAGCCGCUCUUAAUGGACUUACUAAUAUCCCUCCAUUUAACCACCCAUAUGUUGUUGCUGGACAAGGUACCAUUGCUUUGGAGAUCACUAGACAAAUUAGGUUAGAUAAGCUUAAUGCCAUCUUCGUACCUGUUGGUGGUGGUGGGCUCAUUGCUGGAUUAGCUGUCUACUUGAAGAAGAUUGCUCCUCAUGUUAAAAUUAUUGGUGUAGAAACUUAUGAUGCUGAUGCUCUCUAUCAGUCAUUGAAAGCCAAGAAAUCGGUUACUUUAGAUUCAGUCGGUGUCUUUGCUGAUGGUACUGCCGUUAAGGUGUUGGGAGACGAAACUUGGAGAAUUUGUAAGGAUCACGUAGAUGAAGUUGUUAGAGUACUGACAGAUGAGUUAUGUGCUGCUAUCAAGGAUAUUUUUGAAGACACAAGACUGAUCGUUGAACCAUCUGGUGCAUUAUCUGUUGCCGGGUUGAAGAAAUAUGUUCACGAAACCAAGUCAACAAUUGACCACAGAGAUAAGAAUUACGUUCCAAUUCUUUCUGGUGCUAACAUUAACUUUGAUAGAUUAAGAUUCGUCAGUGAAAGAGCUGUUUUGGGAGAAGGUAAGGAAGUCUCGUUGGUUGUUACCAUUCCCGAAAGACCUGGUGAAUUUGCCAAGUUACAGAAGAUUAUCAACCCAAGAGCUAUCACUGAAUUUUCUUACAGAUAUAACUCAAAUGAACCAGCCAAUAUUUAUGUCAGUUUCAAUGUUGUCAACAAAGAGAAGGAAAUGGGCAAUGUCAUUGAAACCAUGAGAGAUUCCGAGCAUAAUUAUGGUGUUGUUGAUAUCUCCGAAAAUGAGUUAGCCAAGACUCAUGGUCGUUACUUGGUUGGUGGUAAGCCUCCAACUGGUUGCACUAAGGUUAAAAAUGAAAGACUCUACCAAUUUGAAUUCCCGGAAAGACCAGGUGCGUUAUACAACUUCUUGCAAGCCUUGAAGAAUGAUUGGGAUAUCACUUUGUUCCACUACAGAAACCAUGGACACGAUGUUGGUAAGAUAUUGUGUGCCUUCGUCUUACCUGAAGGAACCGAAGAGCAAGAUUUCCAAAAUUUCUUAAGUGAAUUGGACUACAAGUACGUUGAUGUAACUGAUGACGUUGUAUAUAAGAAGUUUUUACAUUAG